CACAUGCACACACAUCUAUCUCAUUGCUUCCAAAGAAACCGAAGUACCGAAAAUCUUCUCUCACUCACUUCCUUUCUCUUUGGGUCUGAGACACUUAAACAAAUGGCACCAGCAGCGGCUUCCUUCCCUGAUUACGAUACAUUGAAGACUGUCUGCGUCAUGGACGCUUCUGGCCGCUUAGGCUCCAGCCUUGUGGAUCGUCUCCUUCAAAGGGGCUACACCGUCCACGCCGCUAUCCAGAACCAUGGUGAUUUGCAAUUCGAAGCGGGAAUUUCUUCCGAUAAUAGCAAGAAUCUGAAAGUCUUCCACGCAGAUCCGUUUGACUACCAGAGCAUCAUAGAUGCUUUGAAGGGCUGUUCUGGCUUGUUCUACACCUUCGAGCCUCCCCAGUACCAGCCCACCUUCGAUGAAUUCAUGGUGGAAGUAGAGGUGAGAGCGGCGCACAACGUGUUGGAAGCGUGCGCACAGACGGAUACGAUAGACAAGGUCGUUUUCACGUCGUCGGUGACGGCCGCCGUCUGGCGAGAAGAGCGCGGCAAGUCAGCUUCCGAUUUCGACGAACGGAACUGGAGCGACGUUAAUUUCUGCCGCAAGUUCAAGCUGUGGCACGCGCUAUCGAAAACGGUAGCGGAGAAGACGGCGUGGGCGCUGGCAAUGGACAGAGAGCUCAACAUGGUGACCAUCAACGCGGGACUGUUGACGGGGCCCGAGCUGUCGAUCACGAAUCCGUACUUGAAAGGAGCAGCCGAGAUGUACGAAGAUGGGGUAUUCGUGACCGUGGAUCUGAAGUUCUUGGUGGAUGCCCACAUCUGCGUCUACGAAGACAUCUCAUCGUACGGGCGUUAUCUGUGCUUCAACCAUGUAAUCAAUCGUCCGGAAGACGCUGUCAAACUCGACCAGAUGUUGACCCGCCCUUCUUCUCCCUCCGCUCUACCACAAAGGUGGCAGGAUACAAGGAUAUUCAAGCAAAGUAUCAGCAACAAGAAACUGGGCAAGCUGAUGGUGAACUUUGAUACCGGAAUCCACGUGGAGUAAAGUCUGUAAAGAUGAUGGUGAUGCAACAAGUCGGUAACCAACAGCAUCGGGAAUGUACACGUCAUCAGUUUUCUUCUUGUAUUAUUAUUAUUAUUUGUUUUAUUCCAAUAAAACAAUUGUGUACAUGUAUGUGUAUCGUCACCUGACCAUUAAUGGCCAAGAAGCCCUUUUCUCUGCAA